GAAGGAUAUUCCCUAGACCAGAUGGGGCUGGAAAGCUUGCCCAAAAUAAGAGAAAGAGAAUGAUGAAUAUAUACAACAUUUUUGUACUCGUUAGUAUACUGUCAUUCCUUGAGUUAUUACUUUCUCUGAAAUUUACGAUAACAGACCAAUAUCAAGAGCCACUUUAUUUUAAACUCUAUUCGGUUUAUGGAAUAUCCUUCUUGAAGCGAAGGUGGCCAUGUGUGCGCUGCGUGUGUGUGUGAAUUCGUGUGAAUCCUUGCUGCAUAUAUUACCCAAACGAGAAGUUGCAUUUACCGCGCACUCUGACAAAAGCUAAGAAAAGAAUCAGCCAACAAACCAAUUUGUGUGUAUAUAUAUUUGUAAAGCUUAUAUCUGCUCGAUAGAUCAUGGCGCAUUAUCUUAAGCUGUUGCUGCAUCACACACACACCACACACACACACACCAUACAACACACACCUAUGAAGCUACAUAUACAUAAAUGCAAAAGGUUGAGCCUAGAAAGAUUUGAAGGGGUCUGCGCAGUGUGCGGACCACGUCCACUUGGGGCGUCGAGGGACGACCCGCCGGCGGGUCAAGGAUCAAAUGGAGAAGCAAAAACAAUAGGGGAAUGCUAAAUUAAACUCUAAACCGAAUGCAGAGGUCAAGUGGGAAACAAAACAAAAAAUACAAAAAAAAAAAAAGAACAACAUAAUAUUAUCAAUGUAAAAUCGUAUGUAAAAGCCAAGGCAGAAAAUUCUAUAAAAUUGACAAACAACAAAAAAUGAACAAAAAAUACAAAAGAGAAACUGAGAAAUAAAUACAUUUACAUAGAUGUUGCAAAAGUCAAGCGAUGCGAUCCUCCCAUGGAUUCCCGCAGCCUUCUCUGUAGAUUUGCGUCUCCUGUCAGUCUCCUGCCACAGCUUCUGGAACGGCCUCAUGUUUCUGGACGCCAUCUUCUUCAUACCAACACUGUUCACCUACCUGCUCAUUCUCCUGCUCGCCUGCAUCCUGUGCUUCAUCGUUGUCUACAUCAGCCACAAGAUCUAUAUCUCCAUCUACGACAAUCUGCCGCUGGCCGGGCUGCCCAACUCCCGCCUACAGGUGCGCCCCGCCUCCAACCAUGCGAUGACCGUGCGGGAAUACCUGGAGUGCUCGUUGCGCUACCCGCGCUCCAAUCAACCGAGCCUUCGCUCCAUUUGGAUCCAGAACCGCUCCCAGAUUCUAGAGUCCUCCUCGGCUCUGCGAAUAGUGCUCUCCCUGGAUCCCUGCUACCUGGUCAGCAUAGAGUAUAAUGUGUCGCCCAGCCGGAGGUCCCUUAGUUUCCUGUGCAACUGCCAUAGGGACGAGCCCGGCUGUGCCGCCCUCGAGCCCCAGCCCGCGGGCUCCAUUCACGUUGUUCGGUACUAUGACCACCUCUCCAAGAUACCCCGCCUGCGUGUCAUGCUCAAGUGCAACCAGCGGCGGUCGGAACCGCGGCCGGAUAGCAGUACGCAGCUGUGGCGGGAUGACGGUGUUCCGGAGGCGUGGGAUCCUUCGUGUACGGACCCAGAGGCCGCCUGCCGGCCGCUCGGCCAGCGGAUUACGCGGAACGCCCGGCAGCCGGAGUGAGGGAGUGGGGAUUUCAGCUUCGGAUGAGAGAGGGGUCAGAGAGCACAGCCAUUAACUGGCUGUUGUGUGAUGUGGGGCUGGAACUCGUUUUAAUAAAGUGAAUACAAAGAUCA